UUCCACUCUAACUUGUAAAGAUAUAUAUAGAUAUUGUCAUAAACAAGUCCGAGCUUUGAAGACUUUUUUCCUCAGCGGGAAGUAACAUUUUCUUCUUGUUGACUUGAGGACUCUUCAGUUGAUCAUCCUGGAUCUCAUGGGGUUCUGCUGAUUACUUGGAUGACCUCAGACAAAAGACUGAAAAAUGCCUGUGAUUGUACUGGACGUGAAAGACUUCACCACUCCUCUCUUCUUCGUGAGAACAUUGGAAGUGUUUUCAACUUGUGCAACUUUUAGUCUGGCCGGCUCUCUACACUGCAUCGACGACGACGUCCAGCGACAUGCUAAUACCUUCUGGAUCCUCUGCAUGUUCACCUGGUGCUUCUUCUUCACGGUGACUCUCUUCAUCCAUAUUCUGAGCCUGGUCCAGUUUCACAGCAUCAUCCCAGUCUCCUGGAAGAACUUGACAGUGACUGUGGCUGCUUUAGGCACUCUCAUGUGCCUCAGCGCCUCAGUCAUUUAUCCUCUGUUGGUCGUGAACCUUGGAAAAAGCCAGUCUUAUUGUGUGGCAGUGGCUGUGACUUCCUGUCUAACAGUCAUCACUUAUGCCUCAGAGACCUACAUCCUAAUUUGUACCCAGGCUGAGGAGCAGAGAGGAUAUAUGGGUCGUGUAUGUGGCAUCUUCAAGAUCGUCCAGCUGUGGGGAAACUGUCAUAUGAUCACCUUGAUCAUGGAGUCGAACCACUCCCCGUUGAGCUCUGUCCCUGAGUGGCAGCUGUUGCUCUCUGCUGUGUCUGUCUGUAUCUUCAUGUCUGUCACCACGUUGCUGGUGAUAUGCGGUGACUUCGCUGGCCGCUGUCCUCUGCCUUUUGACAGAUUUUUGGGUGUCUUCAAUCUGAUCGGAGUCUUGCUGUACAUGGCGGCCACAGUCAUCUGCGUGACAAAGAUACUGGAAAACACUCCUACAGAGAUGUUGCUGGUCGUCAUGGAGACAGUGGUGGCUGGGAUCACACUUCUGGCAUACACCAUGGACUUUGCCUUCUCCAUUAAAUCGUUGUGUGACAGAAGUCAUUAAAGAACCAACGCACUGUGCACUUUUUCACAAGCAUUGAACUGUUGGGAUGUGCAGUGAUUUGGUGGGCAAGAACGGAAAUUGGCCUUAAUCGAGUUGAGUAAAGUGAUUUCAUUUGUGUUCAUUGUUUAUACAUGUUUGAUUGUUUUGAUUGCGCUUCAACCAUGAACCCACCUGACCUGGUUUACAGGACAAAGUAUGGAGACUCACCCAACUUAAGUGACUUGAAGUGUUUGCACAGGCUUUU